AUGAACUUAAGAAGUAAAGUGAUGGCCUAUAAAUCUCGACAUCAUAUAGAAGUUAGCUCAGUUGCACUUGUCGACUUGAAAGCAGAAAUCUCCCGAAGACAAAUUGAAGUGAAACAAAAAGUUGAAAAACAUCCAGACGGUUGUAAUGUCAUUAUUAAUCGUUCUGCCCAACUGAAACCUGGCGGUUCCCUUUGGAAGUCAUCUAAAGAAGAUCUAGUAAAAGAACGUAAAAAAUUAAAGUUAGAAAAUAUUCCAACAAAUUCUGAAGAUUAUGCUGAAUGGGAGAAGAGUAGAAAGGCAUUAGAAGCGAAAGCCAAGCUGUAUGAUGCAUUAAGAGAAGCUGCAAUGUCUGGAAAAAAGCAUAAACUAUCGAAAAAUACUGCGGCUGAUGAUAAUGAAGAUAUUUUAGUUGAUUUUGAACAAAAAGCGGUAGAAAGCGUUGAUCAUCGUGACCCUGUGCAUCCACUACCCUCUCCUACACGAUCUUACUCUUCAUACGACAGUGAUGAUGAUGAUUAUGGCGAUGGCGAUGAAGAUCAUGUCCAAUGUAGUGAUGAAGAAUGGACAGAUUAUACUGAUGAACGUGGGAUUAAACGAGUGUGUAUGCGAAAAGACUUACCAAGUUAUACAAAACAACACUCUGGUAAUAGUCCAUCUAGGCAGCCAGAUGGUCCAUUGACUUAUGCUCAUUUAAGAGAAGGUGAAAUCCGUGAUCAUGGUGUUGGCUUUUAUGCUUUCUCUGCGGAUGCUGAAAAACGUGAAGCUGAAAUGAAUCGUCUCCGCGAACUUCAUCGUGCCACAGAGGAGGGUAGAGCUAGAGCUGAAGCUAUCCGAGCGAAACGUGAUGCUAAAAUGGGUCAACGUCUUGCUCGUCUACGUGCUCGUAAAGGCCUGCCUGAUGUGGCGACAGCUGCUGCUCAGUGUUUAGGUGAAGCUGUGAUUCCAGCCGCGACACCUACUCCACUAGGUCCAGACGCUCAAUCCGAUAUCCGGUUGAGUAAUGAUGAUUUAGAUGUAGCUUCUAUGCUACGUCGGUUGCGUGAUGAAGCUGAACAAAGAGCUAUAAUGCAUAAUAGUAGACUGAAUGAAUCGUUAGGUAGUAAUGUUCCUCCGCCUGUAGAAGUUAAGGAACCUCAGUGUAGAACUAAUCUAGCCGAUGUAUUAGCUUCACAAGAUCCAAGUCGUACACAUACACCUGGCAGUAAACAAAGAGAAUGGGAUCGGGGAAAAUCAAUGAUUUCAGCUCAACGUUAUAUACAAGAAGAACGCGAGAAACGCGAAUCAGUAUUAUCGGAUCAUCAGAUAGUUCAAUCGAUCGAUCAUCAUCAGCCUAACGAUGAAUUGAACCAAUCAGAAACAUCGAGUAAUAAUAAUAAUGAUAAUAAUCGCUCCUCAUUGGGAAUGCUUAAUCCAAUCGGUCAAUGUGAUGAAAACUUUCGUCAAAGACAGUCGGAUGUUUUCGCUGCUUUGGCGAACCUUGAAGCAGCUCAUCUAGAAGUGUAUAAAGCGACAAAAGAAGAGCGUAGAGCUGUACGUAAAUCUGCCUGGAAGCAUACAACUGCAGCACCAGAGAAUUUAGAAGAAGAGAAACAACGUCGCGAAAAUAAUCAAAUUUCAAAUAGUGGUGAUGAAGACCGGGGACAAUUUCAAUCACCACGGAAUCCUACAUUUCGAAAACCACUUGCACGUCCACCAGUAGUAGUGCAUCGUAGUCGACUUAAUCCACCUCUUCGUGAUCCUAAUAAAUGGACACAUUAUAGUCUAGCUGAUAUUGAUGAAGAUGCACCGAUAUCAAGAGAAUUACACUAUCAAGAUGACAGUGUUGGCAACGACAGUAGUAAUAGAAGAAUUGGGGGUGAUCCAAAUGGUUCAAUAGCUAUGGCAUUGAUUAAUGAACUUCGACAACGUCGAAACACUGAGGAUGCGUCCUCAGAUUGUAACAGUAAUCCUCCUGAAGAUUUACGUCGUCGUAAUAAUCGUAUAUUAUUUCGUCCUAUUAAAGGUCGAAAGAAAGCACGUCUUGAUAAUGAUGAUGAGGUUGAAGAGGAGAGUAACUUAAAGCGUGAAGUCCGCUUGGAUAAUAUUUGUAUACCAAAGAUGGAUGAUAAAGAAGAUGACGACGGUGACGGCGACGGCGACGAGUCUCAGGAGGGUAAAGGAUCAAAUGAUCUCUUCUCCAGCAGCACCACGACCUCAUCAUCAUUAUUAGUAUCUAAUGUAGCUACUGCUGUAGUCAAUGACAAGAUGACAACAACGACUACAAUGUUUGUAAAUCGUCGUUGUCGUCAAAAAGGUCAACUACGUGUUCGUCAUACUGAUGAUAUGUUGAAUGAAUCAUCAGUAGGGGAUCUACAGACAGAUAUCACUUCCGUUGAUCAUGACCAUGAUGCUGCUAGUGAUGGUGAUAUUGAAUUCAGGGACUUAAAGUCAACAGAGCAUGAUGAUCUUAUCGAUUCUGAUGAAAUAGAAGAGGAUCCUGAAGAGGAUAAAUCAAACGAUUAUUUUGCAUAAAACUUGUCCUUUUUUGAAAAAAAACUCUCCCUUCGUUUUUUUGAGGAAGAGGGGGGGAGUGGAAUGCCAAGUGAGUUUUCAAGGAGAAAAUACCUUGUACAGAGUCGUGUUUUUUUUUAAUUAGUAAUAAAUAUAACCUGGCGCAAUAUGUAAACACCAGUGCUGUA